AUGGUGCCCAGGAAGACCACUUUGCUAGUCCUAUACAAUCCUGCCGCAGGUGCUGGACAGGCACGCGAAUUCUUCGAACACGAAUUAUUGCCCGUAUUACGUGAACAUGGACACGAGCCUGUUCAAAUUGUACCGACAGCGAGCCCGGGGCACGCGGGUGAGGUCGUCGUGAAGUUCCUCAACACCAUCUCGGAGCAACGAUUGGACAUAGUCCUUGGAUCAGGAGACGGGACUUUGCACGAGAUCCUCGAUGCCGUCGAUCACGUAGGGCCCACAGAGCUACACGGCCGAUUCAGAGAGCUCACCUUCGCCCUCGUCCCCUGCGGUACUGCCAACGCGCUAUAUGCCUCGCUCUUCCCCCCAACACCCGGGGAAAGCGAAGAACUCUUGGCGUCCAAAACGCAGUCGUUGCAGUCGCUGCUUGUCGAUGCAAUGACCACACGCCCACUCACACUUGCCCGGACUACACUCUUAUCGAUGAGCGCCGCACCGCAAUCUGCCGACGCGCGCACGUCCAUCGCUGCAGUUGUAACCUCGACCGCGCUGCACGCCUCCAUAUUGCACGAUUCCGAGGCUCUGCGCGCGACGCAUCCCGGCGUAGAACGCUUCAAGCUCGCAGCGCAGCAGAAUAUCACGCGUUGGUACCGCGCCCGCGUCCGUCUCUUCGUGUCCCCGCCCGCCGUGCCCGGCGCGACGCUGACACCGGGAGUGGAGGUCUAUGACCCCGUCAAGGACCAGUUCAUGUUGUCCGGAGGCGGCGAGACAUCACUUGGCGGCACUAUCGUCGAGCUCGAUGGCCCGUUCGCAUACUUCCUCAGUACAACAAACGCAGACAGGCUGGAGCCGACGUUCCGCGUCGUGCCCAAGCAGAGCACAUUCCCUCCCCCAUCGCUGUCCAGUCCCGCGACAAUGGACGUCGUGGUAGUGCGCCCGCUGCGAGAUCCGUCAAUCUCAGAUGCCUCGGAGCAAAGCAGGCAAGCAUUCGCGCAGAAGUGCAUGACUGUCAUGGGCGGAGCUUAUCGUGACGGUGCGCACAUCAAGAUGCGGUAUGGAUCGAAUGGAGAGAUUGUGGAAGGACAAGGGGAGGGGCCGACUGUAGUUGAAUACUUCAGAUGCAACGGAUGGGAAUGGAUACCGGAAGAAGACGACGAAGCUGCACAUCUCAUCUGCGUUGACGGUGAGAUCCUACAGAUUGAGCAAGGUGGCAAGGCGCUAUGUCAAGCACUGCAGGACCUUGGAGAGAUUAAGGUCUCCGCAUACGCUUAA